AUGUUUAACUCGGUCAGCCUGGGCAACUUCUGCUCGCAGCCGCGCAAGGAGCGCGCGGGCGGAGCGGGCGAGUUCGGCGAGCGCGGGGGCAACCUGUACGUGCCCGGCUGCGCCUACUACGUGCCCGAGCUGCCCUCGGUGCCGCCGUUCGCGCCCGCCCGCCAGAUCCCGUACCCCUACUCGCCCGCGCUGCCCCGCGACGUGCCGCCCUACGCGCUGGAGCCCGCGGGCAAGUGGCGCGGGAGUUACGCGGGGUGCUACUCGGCCGAGGAGCUGCUGCACCCCGAGAUGCUGCUGAAGAGCGAGGGUUACCACCACCACCAUCAUCAUCAUCAUCAGGGCCAGCAGCAGCAUCACCCUCCUCCUCCGCACCCUCCUCCGCACCCUCCUCCUCCUCCCUCCGCGCCCGCGCCGCCGCCCGCGCCGUUCUACAAGGGCGCGGUGCUGCCGCAGGGCUUCGAGCGCUUCCUGGAGAGCCCCGCGCUGAGCGCGGCCCCGAGCGCGGCCCCGAGCGCGGCCCCGGGCGCGGCCCCCGCCAGAGGCACCGAGGGCGACGAGGAGGAGGAGGAGGAGGAGGAGGAGGAAGAAAACGCCAAGCCCGGCUCGGCCCCGGCGGCGGCGGCCAAGGAGAGCUCCAAGAGCGGCGCUGCGACCGCCCCCAGGACCCGGAAGAAGCGCUGCCCCUACUCCAAAUUCCAGAUCCGGGAGCUGGAGCGGGAGUUUUUUUUCAACGUUUACAUCAACAAGGAGAAGCGGCUGCAGCUGUCGCGACUGCUGAACCUGAGCGACCGACAGGUGAAGAUCUGGUUCCAGAACCGCCGCAUGAAGGAGAAGAAGCUGAGCCGGGACCGGCUGCAGUUCUUCUCGGGGAACCCCCUGCUCUGA